AAAAAAGAUAUUAUAGAAUGGCAACUCCAGAAUCAUUAAACCCUGCUCCACUUACUGGCCUUGGAGAUCACUCUUACAAAAAGGUUUUGGAAGACGACUAUUCAACAGGAAAGUUGAACCUCAAAUUUAAGGGAAAUACAUAGAAUUCGGGUACAGCCAACUACAAAGGAUGGUUAGACAUCAGCAAACAAUAAUCUAAAUAAGAGACUAAGUUCCAAUUCCCAUAUAAGAAGUAAGAAUUCAUAAAAUAAUCAAAGCUAUUUCUUAUAAAUCGCCACAAGAGAAGAUGGAGCAAAAGUCCACGUUGACUUUGGAGAAGUAGCCAAAGUAGGUGAUAAAGGAAAAAUUAAUCUAUUCGCCAAUGCCAAGUUUGGUAGCUCCCAUUUUGGAUAAGCAAUAGUUAGACUUGGUGGAGUGACCUAAUGGAAUUAAUUAACUCAUCAUUUACGUAAAUUAGAUAACAAUAAAUUAGGUUUUGAAUACAACCCAACAUCAACUACUACUGUGAACGCUUUGAGUAGAACUUUCUGGAAGAAUAAAGAUUGGGUCAUUGCUUCUGCCAAAGAUUUUCAAGUUUUGAAUGGGUUUGGAAUAAGAAGAUUUGAUUUCAUUGUUGGACGUCUUUCAAAUAAUUAUGAUUUCUUUUUCAGAUACUUGACUAAAGAACCAACCAAAGCCAAAUAAUUAAAUUAAUUGGCAGAUGGAAAAGUCACUUUAGAUUUUGUUUUCAGACAGAAUAAAUAAACCUUUGGAUUAGAAGGAGAGUAUAACUUGGCUAAUUCUUAAUUGAAUGCCUUGGUUGGAGUUACAACAAAGGUGGAAAAGGUUGAUGUCAAAGCAAGAGUCAACUUGACACAAUAGAAACUUGGUUUAAGUGGAAAAGGAAAAUUAAAUGACAGGUAUAUGAAUAAUACUAUAUGUGUAGAUUCAAUUGGACCUUAUCAACUGAAGUACCACUGAAUGGAACAAUCCCAAGCAAAUAAGGAUUCUUCCCACUCCCAGUUGGAUUCACAUUAGAUGCAUCAUUAUGAUCAAUAUAAAGUAUAUGUAUAGAAAUAAAAUUUAAUUGUGAUUAAUAAA